AUGGGGAAGAAAUAUUACACAUGUGAUGUCUGUGACAAGAUGUUCAGCCAAAGUAACAAUUUUACGAUACAUCGACGCACGCACACUGGCGAAAAACCUUAUGCGUGUAAUGUAUGUGACAAAUCGUUCUCCGUAAGUAGCAGUUUGGCAGCACACAAACGAAUGCACACUGGUGAAAAACCGUACGCAUGCAAUGUAUGUGACAAAUCGUUUUCCGUAAAUGGCAGUUUGGCAGCUCACAAACGAAUGCACACUGGUGAAAAACCAUACGCUUGCGAUAUAUGCGACAAGUCGUUCUCUGUAAACGGAAGUUUGACGGCACACAAACGAAUGCACACUGGCGAAAAACCUUAUGAGUGUGAUGUAUGUGACAAGUCGUUCUCCGUAAGUGGCAGUUUGGCAGCUCACAAACGAAUGCACACUGGUGAGAAACCAUACGCUUGCGAUAUAUGCGACAAGUCGUUCUCUGUAAACGGAAGUUUGACGGUACACAAACGAAUGCACACUGGCGAAAAACCUUAUGAGUGUGAUGUAUGUGACAAGUCGUUCUCCGUAAGUGGCAGUUUGGCAGCACACAAACGAAUGCACACUGGUGAAAAACCAUACGCUUGCGAUAUAUGCGACAAGUCGUUCUCUGUAAACGGAAGUUUGACGGUACACAAACGAAUGCACACUGGCGAAAAACCUUAUGAGUGUGAUGUAUGUGACAAGUCGUUCUCCGUAAGUGGCAGUUUGGCAGCACACAAACGAAUGCACACUGGUGAAAAACCAUACGCUUGCGAUAUAUGCGACAAGUCGUUCUCUGUAAACGGAAGUUUGACGGUACACAAACGAAUGCACACUGGCGAAAAACCUUAUGAGUGUGAUGUAUGUGACAAGUCGUUCUCCGUAAGUGGCAGUUUGGCAGCACACGAACGAAUGCACACUGGAGUUAAACCGUAUGCAUGCGAUGUAUGCGACAAGUCAUUCUCUGCAAGUGGCAGUUUGACGGCGCACAAACGAAUACAUUCUAGAGAAAAACUCUACGCAUGCAAUUCGUUCUCUGCAAGUGACAGUUUGACGGCACACAAGUGGAUGCACUUGCACACUAAUCGGAUCGAUCAAAGAUCUAAGAUCCAAAGGCUAUUGUAA